AUCGAGACAUUCGACCCCGCCAACCCCGAGGGCUGGGAGUCCUACGCGGAGCGGGUCGAGUUCUACCUCAGGGCCAACAAGGUCACCGACGCCGGCACGAAGAGGGACGUUCUCCUGAGUGUCUGCGGGCCAGCCACGUUCAAGAUCGCCAAGGGUCUCUUGGCUCCCGUCCGCCUCACGGAGAAGUCCUACGAGGAGAUCAUCAGACUCCUCACCGGCCAUUUCUCGCCACAGCCUUCGCGGGUGGCCCGUCGGUUCCUGUUCCACAGAAGGGACCAGGCAGUGGGGGAAUCGGCCGCCGACUACCUGGCGGCCCUCCGCAAGCUACCGCUAGACCCCACGGUCAGGCUGAUUCGGCUCAAGGCGAGGAGGGUCCCGUUCGCUUUAAAGCCAAAAAUAGAGGCCGAACUAGACCGCCUCACAGCCCAGGGAGUCCUGGAGCCCGUGGACUACGCCACCUGGGAGACCCCCAUCGUAACCCCUAUCAAGCCAAACGGGGAGGUGCGGAUCUGUGCAGACUAUAAAUGCACGAUAAACAAGGCACUGCAGGAUAACCCCUACCCAGUGCCGGUGGUGAGCCACGUUCUGGCUGCCCUAGCGGGGUCCAAGAUCUUCGGGAAGCUGGACCUGGCACAGGCCUACCAACAGCUCCCGGUAGAUGCUAAGACGGCGGAAGCCCAAACUAUAGUGACACACAGGGGGGCCUUCCGGGUGAAGAGGCUUCAAUUCGGGGUUAGCGUCGCUCCCGGGAUCUUCCAGAGUAUAAUGGACGCUCUCCUGAAAGGGAUCCCCGGAGUCCAGCCGUUUUUUGAUGACGUGCUAGUCGCCGCCCCAGACCCCGAAGAAUUCGGCAACCGCCUAAGAGAGGUACUCCGCCGGUUCCAGGCAGCGGGGCUCAAAGUCAAGAGGGAGAAAUGCCUGCUGGGGGUCCCACGGGUGGAGUUCCUGGGGUUCGCCGUAGACGCAGCGGGAAUCCACCCAACGGAAGAAAAGACCCGAGCCAUUGUGAAAGCGCCAGCCCCCACCUGCAAAGCGGAGCUACAAAGCUUCUUGGGGGUGCUUAACUUUUACCAUUCAUUCCUCCCCCACAAGGCGGCCCUAGAUGUUUUGGUGUCUAAUGCGGUGCUCCACCAUUUUGACGAGGGCCUCCCCGUCAUCCUGGCUUGCGAUGCGUCGCCAUACGGGGUGGGAGCAGUCCUGGGGCACCAACUCCCCAACGGGAGGGAGGUACCGGUCGCAUACUACUCCCGCACACUGACACCAGCCGAGCGCAACUACGCGCAAAUAGACAAGGAGGCUCUGGCAAUCGUGGCGGGGGUCCACAAGUUCCAUGAAUACCUGUAUGGGCGGAGGUUCACCAUAGCUACGGACCACAAGCCCCUCUUAGGUCUGCUGGCCCCCGACCGUCAAACCCCCCAAAUACUGUCGCAGCGCGUGUUGAGGUGGAACCAAUUCCUCAACUCCUACACUUACACACUGGUACACAGGGCCGGCAAGGCUAUGGGUCACGCGGACGCGAGGGGCUGGCCGGAGGGGAACAUGGGGGAAGAAUUCAAGCCAUAUAAGACCAGGAGGGAGGAACUAGCAGCCCACAAGGGGUGCCUGUUAUGGGGAAGUAGGGUGGUGAUUCCGCCCCCGCUGCAAAAGCGUGUCCUAGAAUCCUUACAUGAGACCCAUCCCGGCAUAGUCCGAAUGAAGGCCUUGGCCAGAAGCUACGUCUGGUGGCCGGGGAUGGAUGGGGAGAUAGAGAGCUGGGUCCGACAGUGCCAAACGUGUCAAGAGUCGCGGCCCGAGCCUCCCAGCGCCCCCGCCACUAGGUGGGAGUCAACCCGGAAACCAUGGUCGAGACUCCACCUCGAUUUCGCGGGGCCAUUCCAGGGGCAGAUCUUCAUGAUAAUAGUGGACGCCUACACCAAGUGGUUGGAGGUCAUCCCCGUAGGGUCCACCUCAUCCGCCGCCGCAAUCCGAGCGCUGCGCAGGGUCUUAUGCACACACGGUAUCCCGGACACCAUAGUCUCAGACAACGGGACCGCGUUCACGUCUGCAGACUUCCAGGCGUUCCUCCACAGAUACCUGAUUAGGCACAUAAGAUCUGCCCCCUUCCACCCAGCCACCAAUGGCCAGGCGGAG